AUGAAUGGUAACAAGGUUGUCGGCUUGAAGGGUGUCAACGGGUGGGACCGGCCUUCGCUGCGUCCACGCCCGCCUCCGCCACCGCCCCCGAACGUACUCACGUGCGAGUUCUUAAAGCAGAUCAGAGAGAGAGAGAGAAGAUAA